CCACAUUUAAUCUUUAAUAUCUUAUAUACACCAAUCACUACACUAUCUGCUGCUUAUUGCAUUAACUUGUAGUUGCAGCUCACUCUCAGGACACCACUUUGAUCCAUGACCACCAUGCACACAGUCUCGAGCGUCGGAACUGUUAACCGGACUCCGGUGAGCCUGAACGGCUCCGGUUCCGGAAGCUCAGCCUUCUUGGGCACCACUUUGAAGAAAGCGACCUCAAGAGUCCCCUACCAGAAGAUUGCAUCUGCAGGCAAGUUAAAAAUCAAUGCGGAAGUCGACGAGAAUAAGCAAACCAACAAGGACAGAUGGAAAGGCCUUGCCUACGAUAUUUCCGAUGACCAACAAGACAUAACAAGAGGAAAGGGUUUGGUUGAUUCUGUGUUCCAAGCUCCCCAGGGGAGUGGAACUCACUAUGCUAUCAUGAGCUCAUACGAAUACAUCAGUACCGGACUUCGAGAGUACAACUUUGACAACAACAUGGAUGGGUUUUACAUCGCUCCAGCUUUCAUGGACAAGCUUGUGGUUCACAUAACCAAAAACUUCAUGAGCCUGCCUAACAUUAAGAUUCCUCUCAUUCUUGGUAUAUGGGGAGGAAAAGGUCAGGGAAAAUCCUUCCAGUGUGAGCUUGUGUUUGCCAAGAUGGGAAUUACCCCCAUCAUGAUGAGUGCUGGAGAAUUAGAAAGCGGGAAUGCAGGAGAGCCCGCGAAACUGAUCAGGCAAAGGUACCGUGAGGCUGCAGAUAUCAUCAGGAAAGGAAAAAUGUGUGCCCUCUUCAUCAAUGAUCUCGAUGCAGGUGCCGGUAGGAUGGGUGGAACCACACAGUACACUGUGAACAACCAGAUGGUGAAUGCUACCCUUAUGAACAUUGCUGAUAACCCGACAAACGUGCAGCUUCCCGGUAUGUACAACAAGGAGGAGAAUCCUAGAGUCCCCAUCAUUGUCACUGGUAACGAUUUCUCCACAUUGUAUGCCCCUCUCAUUCGUGAUGGUCGUAUGGAGAAGUUCUACUGGGCUCCCACUAGGGACGACCGGAUCGGUGUUUGCACCGGAAUCUUCAAGCCUGAUAAUGUGUCCCAGGAAGAUGUUGUCAAGAUUGUUGACACAUUCCCCGGUCAAUCCAUUGAUUUCUUCGGUGCCCUAAGGGCUCGAGUUUAUGACGAUGAAGUGAGGAAGUGGAUUUCCGGUGUUGGAAUUGACGGGAUUGGGAAGAAGCUUGUGAACUCAAAAGAAGGUCCCCCGACUUUCGAUCAACCUAAGAUGACUCUGGAGAAGCUCCUUCACUACGGACAAAUGCUUGUUCAGGAGCAGGACAAUGUGAAGAGAGUCCAACUGGCUGACAAGUACUUGGCCGAUGCAGCCCUUGGAGAUGCAAACCAGGACUCCAUUAACCGAGGAGAAUUCUAUGGAAAGGCAGCCCAACAAGUUAAUGUACCAGUCCCAGAAGGCUGCACUGAUAGAACAGCUGCAAACUUCAACCCAGCAGCAAGGAGUGACGACGGUAGCUGUCAGUACGAGUAAUUGGAGCUGAAGAAAAUAAAUAUUCUGUUUGCUGGGUUAUUGAUAUUUUCUUUGUAAUUUGCGCUUGUAUUUCUAUGGAAAUUCUUGCAAUUAUUUCGUUUUAAUUAUUAAACAAGCUAUUGAUACUCCGGCUAUUGAACAGUCGAUAAGAACAUAAUGUUAUGUUGUUGAGAAUAUGUUGUCAUUGUCGCAAACAAAACUUCACAACAUGUUAUCAAUACAUUCAUGACAGGAUUGAGA